AUGGCCGACGACAAAUUUCACUGUCGCAUGUAUGAAAAUGAGUUCCCCAAGGUAGACGAUGUUGUCAUGGUGAACGUUCGUCAAAUUGCAGACAUGGGUGCUUAUGUUAAACUCCUUGAAUAUGGAGAGAGAGAAGGCAUGAUUUUACUUUCUGAAUUAUCAAGAAGACGUAUUCGUUCCGUUCAAAAGUUGAUUCGUGUUGGUAGAGAAGAAGUAGUAGUUGUUCUUCGUGUUGACGAAGAGAAAGGUUAUAUUGACUUGUCCAAGCGCCGUGUUACUCCCGAGGAUAUUGUUAAAUGUGAAGAGAAAUACAAAAAGUCAAAGCAAGUUCAUUCUAUCUUACGUCACGUUGCUCAGAAACACGAUACUGCUCUUCAAACCCUGUACGAAAACAUUGGUUGGCCAUUAUAUAAAAAGUAUGGUCAUGCCUAUGAUGCCUUCAAGGUGGCUAUUCAUAACCCUGAGGCCGUUUUUGGUGGCAUGAACGUAUCUGAAGAUAUCCUCAAAGAAUUGUUGAGCAUCAUCAAACAUAAAAUGACACCUCAACCCGUCAAGAUCCGUGCUCAAUUGGAUAUUAGAUGUACAGGUAUUGAUGGUGUUAAUGCCAUCAAGGAAGCUCUUAAGGCAGGUGAAAAGGUUGGAAGUGAAGAAGUGCCUGUCAAGAUUACAUAUUUAGCUGCACCAUUUUAUGUUGUCACUGUAGAUUCUUUAGACAAAGAACUCGGAUUUAAAACAAUUGAAAAUGCAAUCGAAGAGAUAAAGACAACCUUAGAGAAAUAUAGUUGGACUCGAUUUAAGGUCGAAAAGGAAGCCAAGCUGGUAUCUGAGACAGAUGAUCGUGAUUUUGCAGCUUUAUUAGCUCAAGCAGAAAAAGAAAAUGAACUUGUUAGUGGUGAUGAAGAUGAAGGAGAUGCUGUUGCCGCUAGUGAUGAUGACAUGUAA